AUGGAUCUAUCGCGACGUCUAAGUGAGAGGGAGAGCCAUGUGAUGGAUCAUCUCGAAGCCAGGGGCGUUGUUCUCAAGCGCCAACUGAGCGGCGGAGGAAUUGCCGGCGUCGUUGUCGGCAUCAUCGUGGGCAUUGUAUUUGUUGCUCUGUGCUCAUACCCGUUCAUUAUCCGCCGCAUCAGACGUCGAAAGGCAGAACUUCAUCAUGGCCCCCCCGACACGACCGAUCCGGAGACCGGAGGGGUUUCCCCAACGGGAGCUUUGGGCACAGAAGACCACCAACGCCGCCUGUCCUCGCAGGAAUCCUUCAAGCCUUCGGGAGAAAACACGCGCGGAGGAGUAGACGGAUCUGUUAAAGACUUGGAUUGGGCUCCUCAUGAUGCCUUGGUAAAUCCCAACGGACCAGGUCAAACACCAGGCCAACCGGACUAUGCUCCUCGAAUUGACACAAACCUACCUUCCUAUGGCGUCAGCAAUGCCCAGCCCGGCUUGAACAACUCAAUACCGCGCUCGACACCAUUUGGCUUUGACGAAAGUUACCAUGAAGAGUAUAUGCCACAGGCUAUCGGUGAUGCACCACAUGGAGCUCUCAACGGUGCCAAUGCCGACUACUAUAGUCCCUCAGUUCCUUCAGAGGCCUUCGGAAUGUUCACCACUGAGGAUUCUCGAGCUCAACCUGACCGCUCAUGGUCGCGUGGGAGCUCAUUGAGAUACAAUUUGAAGCAGAUGUUCAGCCGGAAGAGCACGCGUGAUCAGUCUCAUGAUUCCCCAACCUCAUUGUCUCUUGCUGAGGGCCCGGACAGUGCUGCCAGAACUGUCCCUCGUGCACCUCAUGAAGCGUCCCUUCAAAGGAUCACCACACAUGGGGAUCCCACCGAGUCUCCUACAGAUAUUGAUGCCCCUGCCACCGAUUCGUUGCCAGUACCUCAUCCUGCUCAGAGUCUGGGGUCGCCGAUUGCACUACCAUCUACCUUGCCGAAGGGGGCUGUGCAAACUCCCCCAGAGUCCCCACCGACCACUUUCAACUUCAACGCGGCUCAAUCCCCUCCUAGCCAUCCCGCUCCCGGUACCGUAAACCCAAUGGAUAUCAUGCCAGCCUCAACCGAGAGCGAAGUGUGGCACAGAACGGACUAUCAACUAUACGUAUCGCAAUCCUCGCCUCAGCAGCCGCCCCCUUCAACGGAGCUUUCAGGGCAUGAUGGGCCAGUGGACUCGCCUUCACCAUUCACACUCCCUCCCAAUACUCCUCAACCUCAGCCUUUGCCCGUUAUCCAGUCUCCUACGCCCACACAAAGCGAGGUACCCUUUAAGCAAGAGCCCGAAGAAGCCCAAGAUGUUUCCAUGUCCGAUAUCCCGUCGAACAAUCACUUGAGUCCAUUGCCCGACAGCAAUAUUCGACACCAAAGCUACCCUUCCGACGCGUCCACUCCACAGCCUGGACAUGCGUCUACUAAUCCCUCCUCACUAAGUACACCCGCAACGCAGCUCGAUACUCCUUCUCCUCACUCUGGCGCAUCAUCCGACUAUCGUCAUAGUGUGUCACCUGGAAACGGCGGCAGUAAUCUAUCACCCAAGAAUGGUAUACAUGCAUGUGAUGAGCCUGGUUGUAAUCAGGUGUUCGAUCAGCCACACAAGUUGAAACACCAUCAGCGAUAUCAUACCAAAGACCACAAAUGCCCUUACCCAAAUUGUGGCAAGGGAUUUGGAACUAAAACCCAUCUUCAGCGUCACGUCAAUGAUCGCCAUGAAAGGAAGAAGAAGUUCCACUGUGCCGUGCCAGGCUGUGACUACUCACGACAAGGUGGAAAAGGAUUCCCUCGAAAGGAUAAUUGGAAGCGGCAUAUGACCAAGAUUCACAACAUGGACCAACGACAUCUCCCAGAGCCCGUUGAGGUCGACCAGGAUAUGGGUGGUACAUAG